AUGUCGCUCUCUGAACCUGUCUUCGUCGAUAGCAGCGAUGGCACUCUUGUGCCCAGCUACGCCAUCGACAACAGCGUCAAUAACAGCGCCGGAAACACUGUUACGCCCAGCAGCCCUAUCAUUGCACCUCGACUACCCGUCGAACUCCUCAUGUGCAUCUGCGACUUUCUCCCCAACCGCAGAGAUAUCGUCAACUUGUCAGCCACGUGCCAAGAACUCCGCGGUGAGCUGUACUACACGCUGGUCCACCGGGAUCUUCGCUCCGGCCGCCUUAUCACUCUGAAAUAUGGCCUUCAAACCCGCAACAUAAGAGUCAUCAAGCCGUUCCUUAACCGCUAUCGGCAUCUGAUCACGCGUCUCACCGUGACUCCCAAAAAGAAAGAGGUGACGCCGAACAAAAAGGCCAUCACCGGCGAGGUUCCUGCCAGGGAGGUCGUUCCCAAAAGGGUCAACGACCCACAAAAUGACACUGAUAAAGCCGGCACCAUCAACCAAACAGUUCUCCCAGUUCGCACAAGAGUACCAUCUCCCUCCAAAACCAUCAUCUCCUUCCGCGAUGAGUACCUCCCCUCCCUCCGGCUCAUCCGUCCCCUCCUCACCUCCGCACUCGAGGAAGCCCUUCUCGCCCACGACUUGACCUUUGCCGAAGAACUUCUCUGGCACGGCAACAAGGAUCUAAUUCCCAGCCUCACGCCCGUUCUGGAAUCCGUGCUCUGGUCUGCCUUUAAUCCCAAGACCAGUCGUUAUACCGGUGAAGCUCUUGACCAUCGCCCAGACCACAGGUGUGCAGACCCAGGUCCAAUUAGCCCUAUUGUAUGGACCUGGAAAACCUGUCCUGUGGCUGCUGUCAAGCUGUUGAUGAAGUUUGGAGCGAAGGGAAAUCGUGCCGGUGUUUGGGCGGAGGGCAAGAAGAUUCGGAAGAGGAGGAGGGAGUGGUUUAGCGGGAAUGGUGGGAAUGGUGGCAGUAUCAUCAACAACGACUCUUCCUUAAACUCACCAUCCGAGGAGGACGAGACUCCCGAAACUACUGACGCCUACGAUGGCUACUUCCACCCCCGAACGCAAACUCAUGCCGCUCACGUUCACCAGCCGGCCAUGCCGCCUAACCGGUUAUGGACAGGCUUGGAGCUGGUUGCGUACCUUUAUCAAGAAACGUGUGAGCGCGCGGCGGCGGCACAAGCUGCUGAUGUUGGUGUUGCUGUUGCUGCUCCUGCUACUGCUACUGCCGGUUCUGCUGACUCUGGUGCUGAUGUGGGUCCUGCUGCUGCUUCUGCGGGUGCUGCUCCGGUGGCUAAGAAUAGGGGCAUAAAACGCAACUUUUCUGGUAGCUUCCGCAACCCAAGUUCGGGUUCGCAACCUAGCCCUGGAGCAGGCAAAGAACAUGGCUUCUUCCCGGUAACAUGCGAACAUCACGUCGAGAGAGGAGAAGGCGGCUGCCUCAAGCAGCUUAUCGAAGUCUUGAGUGAUAGCGUCGCUCACGGCGAGAUCCUCCGAGUUACCAGCUUGAGCAGCAACGGGCAUGCACGUGUACCAAAAACUCCCCUUCUAGAACACGAUCUCGACAACAUGCUCAAACUAACUGAAAUCACCGUCCCGUUUGUUAAGAUGCUCAUCAACGAGCAAGCAGGGAAACUUUUUCAGGAGAUCUUUGAGGAAGCUGAGAAGAGAAUAUCUGAACGGCUCGAUGGGUUGAUGGAGAGGAGAACGAGGCUCGAGAAGAACAAGAAAAUGAAGACGGAGAGCAUGACGAAGACCCAAUUUGGGGGUGGAGAAGAGGAUGAAGACUUUUGGCUGGAAGAGCAGGAGUUGGAUCUUGAUGAGGGGGAGCCAGAGGAGGGGAACCCAGAGGAGGAGGAGGAUGACGAGGAAUGA